GUUUAAUCGUUCAUCUUAGAUACGUUUGCCGUAAAGCAAAGUGUCGUGAAGUAUUCAACAUGGCGGCGUCCGCAGUGACAUGGGCUGGAUUGACCGCAAUCCGACGUUUUUGUGGACAAAUUAACUCUAGGUUGCUUGGUGCUUCAUCUACCCUAUCUCAGGUGUCAUGUCUUCAUACAAGCACACAGUUAAACGGCAGACACUGGGAGAGGAAAAAUCUCAUUUUAUAUCCACCACAACAGAAAGAUGAACCACCGAGACCAGCUGAGGUUUUUCACUGCAGACGUCAAAUUAAAUACAGCAAAGACAAGAUGUGGUACUUGGCCAAGCUGAUCAAAGGUAUGACCAUUGACCAGGCACUCGCUCAGCUGGAGUUCAAUGACAAGAAAGGAGCUAAAAUAAUCAGAGAGGUUCUUCUGGAAGCCCAGGAAAUGGCUGUUAGGAAUCACAACCUUGAAUACAAAUCAAAUCUGUAUGUGGCUGACUCGUUCUCGGGCAAGGGAAAGUACCUGAAGCGCAUUCGUUAUCAUGGACGUGGUAUGUUCGGUAUCAUGGACAAGGUGCAUUGCCAUUAUUUUGUAAAGCUUGUCGAGGGGGUGCCACCCAAAGUCGAACAGAAGACAGGAUUUGACCAGGCCAAAGAGUACGUGGAGGAGCUGAGGAAAAGAACCAUUAUUUACUCAUUAUAGUUAAAAAUGACUCUUGACUUGUGUUUGUGUAAAUAAUAAAGAAGGUUAAUAAUUAUGCUAAA